GGUCUACAGUCUCUCUUGGUCUCGCUCCUGAGUCCAAAGCAAAGAAUCGCUGGUCCCGGUACUCUUAUUUUAGUGUCGUUUCAUUUUUUCGUGGUUUACUGAGAGCUGCUGCUCAAGUUCUUGAUAGCAGAUGAUACGUAAUCUUCUAUACGGAAUUCCAAGGAUAUUAAUUAAUUUGUGUCGGAAAAACGUGUAAAUAAAUAUCCUUCACUCUCCAUCCGGAGAGAAAGACCUGCGAUCUUGGUGAACGACCGUGAGCGUAUUUUUUCGCCACGGGAGAAACCAUGAAGUUCCUCGGAGCCUUGCUCCUCUGCUUAUUUUUUACUUCAGUCUCUGUUAAUGGUCAAAAGGGAAGUCAAAAAGCCAAAAAGGAAGAUGAGAAAAAAGAUGAAGAGUUCACAUGUCCCGAGGGUCAAGGAAAUGGUAACUUUGCAGAUCCAGCAACUUGCAGAAGAUUUUAUCAGUGUGUAGAUGGAUACCCCUAUUUAAACAGAUGUCCAUCGGGCUUACAUUUCGACGAUAUUAGCAAGUUUUGUACUUUUAAAAACGAAGCGCGAUGCGGUCCAAUCGCGAUAACCCCCGCCCCUGUAACUGAGACUCCCACGGAUUUGGCGGAAAGAUGCGAUACUUCAAAAUGUAUUCUUCCCUACUGUUUCUGUUCUCGAGAUGGAACAAUUAUUCCUGGUGGUCUUAAACCAGAAGAUACCCCACAGAUGAUAAUAAUGACUUUCGAUGGAGCAGUAAAUCACAACAACUUUGACCACUAUCAAAAAAUAUUUGCCAAAGAUAGAGUUAAUCCAAAUGACUGUCCUUUGAAAGGAACUUUCUUUAUUUCUCACGAAUAUUGUAAUUACAACAUGGUUCAAAGUCUCGCUCAUGAUGGUCAUGAAAUUGCCACUGAAACAAUUUCUCUCCAAAAAGGUUUAGAAGACAAAGGUUACGAAGAGUGGGUCGGAGAAAUGAUAGGAAUGCGAGAAAUUCUAAAACACUUCAGCAAUAUUUCAAGAAGUGACAUUGUCGGUAUGCGAGCACCUUAUUUGAAACCAGGACGCAAUACUCAAUACAGCGUUAUUGAAGAUUUUGGAUAUAUCUAUGAUAGCAGCAUUGGAAUUUCCCCUUCGAAAGUUCCAAUUUGGCCCUACACCCUGGAUUAUAAAAUCCCACAUGAAUGCAAAUCAGGAACCUGUCCAACAAAAUCUUUCCCGGGUAUUUGGGAAUUGCCCUUGAAUGCUCACUAUGUAGAAACUUAUGAGGGAGGGCACUGUCCUUAUCUCGAUCAAUGUGUGCUUCACAAUCACGACCCUGAGGAAGUUUUCGAAUGGUUACAAGAAGACUUCAACAGGUAUUACGAACAGAAUCGAGCACCCUACAUGAUGACUUUCCACACAAAUUGGUUCCAAAUCAAAGAACUGGAAAGAGGACUUCACAAAUUUUUGGACUGGGCAACUACUCUGCCCGACGUUUAUUUCGUAACAGCCACACAAGCUUUGACUUGGAUAACAGAUCCAAAACCACUGAAUUCGUUAAAUAAUUUCGAAGGGUGGUCUUGCAAAAGGAACGACAAUCUUCCUGGACCUCCUUGCAAUAAUCCAAACAAAUGUGCUCUUGCUUUCAAACCGCCAGAGUCAAAUUUUACUGCGACUAGGUAUAUGGAGGCAUGCAAAGAAUGUCCGAACAAAUAUCCUUGGGUGGGAGACGCGAAAGGGACAGGAUUGGCCAACGACAACUACAAUCCUGAGAAAAGAAAAUAAAUCUUGUAUCUCUCAAAAAAAAUUAAGACUAGACCUUGUACAAAGUAACGCCGUUUUCUCAUAAGAAACCCCGUAAUCGAUAUUGAAUUAAUCGACACCGACCAUCGACUACGUUAUAGCAUUUUUUUCUACGAAUAAAUGUUAUCUGCGAGGCCCAGAUGAGAUCUGGCGAAUUUAUGAAUUUAUGAAAUAUUUUGUGUCGAAACGAAUGCUUUUUAUAUUAAUUGAAGAAACUUGUGCGAAAAAUUGCCGAUCAAUCCAGAACGAUACUUGUCAACAAAUCGCUCCGUUAUUGUUUAUAGUGCAUGACUAGUGCAGUACAUUUGAGAGUAUGUUUUGACUACAAGUGUAAUGUUGAAUCCGUUGCUCAAAUUCAGAUUGUAGAAACUUCUAGCGAUAAAAAAAAAGAAAACUGUCGAAUAAAAAUGAUGUUUGUUGAGAAA